AUGGAUCGCUCUUCAGACCCCAACAUGAAAAUGGCACGAGCCUCCGCCUUCUUCGAAAACCUUGCUGCUAAACUCAGUUCCAGUUUGGGAGAAUUGAGGCUUCUCAGUAUCUCCCGAUACAAGGACAGAACACGCCCACGAUUGGCUGUUCAUGAAAUUGUACCAAAUGCUAGUCAACCCUACUCAUCAUUUUCAAAUGGGCAGCUGAAGUGCCAUGGAAGCCAUGCAACUUUGGGUCUUUAUAAAAAGCUCCUACAUCGGGCACCUAAUGCUCUAAACAGGUGGGAGAUGUGUGCUCAACCAAAGGUGGUGUUGAAAAUUGAGAGUGAGGAGGAUAUGCUAGUUUUGCAAGAGAGGGCAAAGUCACUUGAAUUACCAACUCAUAUUACAAUUGAUGCGGGGAGAACACAGAUUGCGCCAAAUUCGAGGACGGUGAUGGCUAUUCUUGGACCUGUUGAAGUGGUAGACGAAGUAACAGGUGGACUGAAGCUUUUGUAGUAGAAUCUCAAUUCCAAGUGGAUGCUUAUGCGUAACUUCAAAUAGUGGAGUGCUAAAAGCAAUCUCAGUUACAAAAUCACAGCCAACAAUCUACAAUCUGGGAAAAUUUGGUCCAUCCACUUAUCUAAUGGUAAAUUUAUUCUAUGCAGUCUGGUAAGAAAUUCAUGCGAGUUAUCAACUUUCUUCUACUAUUUACGACGAUGAUGAUGAAAAUUCUUCUCCAUGACCUGUUGGAUACUGAAUUCUGCUGUGAUUUCGAUCACAAUAGUGUAAUGAAUAUUCCUAGGGUGGGAUAGAAUUCUUGAGAUGUUUUUGUUACAAACCAAACCUUUUACUGGAUUCUAAUUUUCAGAUAUGACACGCUUAUUCGAAAUUUCUCAUAGAGAACUGCUAUUUUCAUCA